UAAAGAAUCCGACGUAGCGGACUGAAGAAGUGGUUUUGUUGGUUUGCUAAUCACCACGGACGUCACCGUGUCUUUGUAUACAACCUUUUAAGUUUCAACCCCAAUUCCUUGAUCUCAGUCCAACUGUUCGUUCGAUUCAGAUCUGAACUGCCAACUCCACUCGCCAUGGCGGAAUCAGGUGGCGAUGGCUCCUCGUCACCGCCUCCGGCGACUCCGUACGAGAAGGCACUGGACGCUCUAUCCUCCUUGAUCACAAAACGCAGUCGUGCCGAUAAGAGCAACAAGGGCGACCGCUUCGACCUCCUCUUCGACUAUCUCAAAAUCCUGGAGUUGGAGGAGCCAAUUGAACGGAUGAAGAUUAUUCACGUUGCCGGCACCAAAGGCAAGGGAUCCACCUGCACCUUCACAGAGUCGAUAUUACGCCAUUGCGGCUUUCGCACUGGACUUUUCACGUCUCCUCAUCUCAUUGAUGUUCGAGAAAGAUUCCGGUUGGAUGGUUUGGACAUCAGUGAAGAGAAAUUUUUAGCAUAUUUCUGGUGGUGUUUUGAGAGACUUAAGGAAAAAUCUACUGACUAUAUACCAAUGCCCACCUACUUUCGCUUCCUUGCCUUGCUUGCCUUUAAGAUAUUCGCAGCAGAACAGGUAGAUGUUGCUAUAUUGGAGGUAGGGUUAGGCGGAAGGUUUGAUGCAACAAAUGUGGUUCAGGCGCCUGUUGUCUGUGGUAUAUCUUCCCUUGGAUAUGACCACAUGGAGAUUCUUGGAAAUACUCUGGGAGCAAUUGCUGGGGAGAAGGCUGGAAUCUUCAAGUCUAGGGUUCCUGCCUUGACUGUACCUCAACCUGAUGAAGCAAUGCGUGUACUGGAAGAGAAGGCUUCUCAGUUGGAUGUUCCCCUUCAACUGGUACAACCGCUGGAUCCCGAUAUGCUGAAUGGCAUAAAACUUGGGCUUGCAGGCGAGCACCAAUAUGUUAAUGCUGGUCUUGCUAUUGCACUGUCCUCUACAUGGCUCCAGAGGACUGGUCACCUUGAAUACCCAGAACAUACUACCUCUCUGCCGGAGCAGUUCAUAAAAGGACUAACCGCUACAGUCAGUUUACAAGGACGGGCUCAAAUAGUCCCUGAUCGCUUUAUUAACAGUGAAAGCCCUGAAGAUCUUGUGUUUUAUUUGGACGGUGCACAUAGCCCAGAAAGCAUGGAAAUAUGCGCAAGAUGGUUUUCUCUUUCUGUUCAGCCACCCAGUACUUCUGGAUCAUCACAUGAUCCGGUACAGAGGCACCCUGUUGAAAAAGUUGGGAAGAAUUCGGAACAGAUACUGCUGUUUAAUUGUAUGUCAGUGAGGGAUCCUCAGUUGCUUCUUCCGAAUCUGAUGAAAACAUGUGCUAGUCAUGGUGUCUACUUCAAGAAGGCUCUGUUUGUACCAAACACAUCAGUGUAUUACAAGGUCGGUUCACAUUCCUUACCUCCAACUGAUUCUCAAGUGGAUUUGUCGUGGCAGUUUGCUCUUCAAAAAGUAUGGGAAAAUCUAAUGCAGGGUAACAAAGGAGGCGCUGACAAUAGUGCAGCCACGGUUUGUGAAGAACUGACAGAUGAUAAGGGGAUCGCUGUCAAAAGUUGCGAAAAUAGUGCAGUUUUCCCCUCUCUCCCAUCAGCUAUACAAUGGCUCAGGGACACUGUCCGACAAAGUAAAUCCGUUCGUUUUCAGGUCCUUGUAACUGGUUCGUUACAUCUUGUUGGCGACGUGUUGAGAUUAAUCAAGAAGUGAGGCGUAGUACGAAGCUGAAACCCUAAAUUUGCAAAGUCCUUCGAACUGCAAGAUGUUCUGUAUUCAUGGAGUCAUGGGAAGAGCCGUGAAACCGUUCUAAUUUCCAACAACUCCGAGAUGGUUCAGUGCCGCCUGCCCUGACGUGCUUCUGCUACAUGUUGUAUGUUGUCAACUGCCAUAGAUUUCGGGUCGGCAUUUCUUAGUGACUACAGUUCAAUCAAGACAAUGACACAAACUUUUUCCAGCAUUUUUUUGGGGUGGGGAUGUUUCCACCCCCCCCCUCCCUUUUCUGUAUUGCUAUAACCACACUUUUCAAUUCUGUCUACAGAUUUUUGUAUGCAAGAGAAUAGGGCAAAAUUACCCCCUCACUUUUCGUUCAAUUUCAAAUUCGUACGCCUUUCAAUUU